UUAGUGGGCUAAUUGUUCGGCCGUUUUUCGGUAUUUUGGCAGAAUUUUUUUAUCGGUAAAGUUGGAAAAAGAUCGGCCGAUUUUGCCGAUCGGCCGAUUUUCAUGGCAGUGAUGGGCAAAUCGGCCGAUCUUUUUACCGAUAAAAAAAUCUGCGCAUGAGCAGUGACCUGCAAGAGGAAGACAAAAAGAAGAAGAAGAGGAAGAUGAUGAAGAAGAAGAGAAUGAUGAAGAAGAAGAAGAGGAUGAAGAAGAGGAUGAAGAAGAGGAUGAAGAAGAGGAUGAAGAAGAGGAUGAAGAAGAAGAAGAGGAUGAAGAAGAUGAAGAGGAUGAAGAAGAGGAUGAAGAAGAGGAUGAUAAAGAAGAGGAUGAAGAAGAAGAGGAUGAUGAAG